AUUUACUCCUGAAAAGGCAAACCCACACCUCUCAUUUCCGCCAUAGAUUGAGCUCGAAGCUUAUACUCGCGAGAAUGAAGCUCAACAUCAGCCUCCUCCUUGUUACUGCUAUACCCAGCACCGUUCUUGCUCGGGUUGUUCCUAGGGGCGACGAGGUGGCCAACGAUACCCCAGCUGCUAAGGAAUUAGGCAACGUAUUCGCUGCGCAGAAAUGCUGGACUCGGUCUCCAUACGGUUGCUCGAAGGACAGAUGGUGUUGGCAACGAUGUGGGGGUAAUGGACAAUGGUGCUGGUUGGCCCAUAAGGGAGGAACCGGCGAUUGGACAUCUUGUACUACAGCUGAAGAUUGUAUACCUGGGGUGGGAGAUUCUGACUGUGCUAAAACGGGCUGUAAGGCGUGUGGGUGCAGUUGCUAAAUGAUUGGAAGGGCAACCCUACCUUUGUGAACAAGAUGGACUCCCUAGUGAAAUGGAUAGACUUUGUAUAAAAAUUAGCUCUGGUUAAAUUCGG